AUGGCUGAUAUUGAGCCUCUUCGUACAUGUUCUUGCGACAGAAACGAGGAUGGUCAUCAAGCGCCCGAGAGUCAAGUUACAUCUGUGCAUCAAGCUGUCGUCGAAGGGAAUAUCGAGCUCCUCGAAGUGCUGAUUCGGGAUGGAGCCGACAUUUCUACUACAAUUUCCUCCCGUGAUUUCACGGCGCUUCACCUCGCUGUUCAGGGGGGUAAUGAGGCGGCCACACGACUUCUCAUUCACGCCGGAGCGAAUGUUUCUGCGCCCAGUUAUGACGGCGUGACACCAUUGCACAAUGCAGCUGCUGGAGAUUCGGUCGCGGUAGCUGAAUUACUCGUCAAGUCUGGGGCUGAAAUCAACGCACGGAAUAUCGAUCACGAAACACCAUUGCAUGUAGUGGCCUUGUUUGGGAACUACCAAAUUGCAAAGCUCCUGAUUGAUGUUGGAUCCGAUAUCUCAGCAACAGAGUGCUACGGGAACACAGCGCUGCACAUUGCUGCCGGCCGUGAGCAUCUCGAGAUAGUUCAUUCUCUUCUUGAGGCUGGAGCGGACGUGAAUGCUAUUAACAACAAUGGAGAUCCCGUGCUACAUCAUGCAGGCAGAGAUGAUCCAACAUGCGUUGAUCUGCUUCUCAGCCAUGGCGCAGAUGUGUAUAUGAAAGGUGAGGGAGGGGACACUUUCUUGCAUCGGGCAGCUGAAAGCUCCGCGGAACUAGUGCGUGUCGCUCUUGGAGCCGAUGCCAACGUCGAGGCAACCAACGAUGAAGGAAAAACCCCAUUGCAUUCUGCAGCUGCGUAUGGCGAAAAGCAAUCAAUCCGACUUCUACUCGAUGCGGGUGCGAAUGUGAAUGCAACCACCAAAAUUGGCGAGACCGCAUUGCACCUAAUUUCUGGCGAUUCUUCAAUAGAUGAAUCUGAUGAGAAAGCAAGGCUACUCAUUGAUGCUGGUGCCGACAUCAACGCGAGGACUGUAUCGGGACAAAGCGCCCUUGAUCUUGCAAAAGACAGCAAUGCUACAGUUAUACAAGUACUAUGCGAAAGAUAG